AGAUAUUUUGCAACUUUUAUUCGGUUAACUAAAGACGUAGAGAAUGAAACGUUUAUUACUUCUUUCCGUCAUCAUCGGGUGUUACAUUGGAACAGAUGCUGAAAAAUGUAGAAGACCAAACUUGAGUCGGAAUUUCGUUUAUAUCUAUAGUACUACUGGCAAAGUUCCUGUUAAAAUCGGCAGAUGCCUAUUCAAUAAUACAAAAGAUACAUAUUCCGAUAUUUCCGAUAAUUGCCGCAAAGCGUUCCAAACAGGAGUAUUCAUCGAUAAAUGGUCGGAAUCGAAUAAAAUCUCGGAUAAAGGUUCGCCAAUUGAGUUAGAAGAAUACGUAUCAAGAGCUGAUUUGAUUAAGAACGAAGUUGAUCUCAGAUCCGGUUCUGAAUGCAGAUACGACAGAGGUUUUUGUUAUGAUCCCACUGAAACCAAUUCAUAUGCCGUUGUUUGGGAAAUAUUUGAUAGAUCCAAAGUACAAUGUCCUGAGCAACUGUAUAAAGUAUUUGAAGGAGAUGUAGACAUUUGGGAUUUCCAACCGCAGGGAUUAAAAUACUUAUUCUAUUAUGACAAUUUUGCCGAUGCAGCUUUUUCUUUAGGUCUACAAUCCCAAGGUAAUUGUCAAGAUACUGAUGUAUGGUAUACAGAAGAGGGUUACGUAGUUUCGAAGACGCCACUAAAAGCUAAAAAUAUGGAUGGUUUUGCAUCUCUCAAAACAAAGACUGGGAUAAAAGGAGUGAAAGGUGGAAUAAAAGGUGGGGUAAAAGGGGGAAGAAUAACAAUUAUGCCACCAAAUCGAUUAUAUUUCUCUUUGAAAUCGAAAAAAAUCGUCAGCGAGAAUAUUAUGAGAAAUUGUGAUAUUCUAUCACUCACAUUAGAACAAGUUAUCGAUGAAAUCAAUUCAGAAUAUUUGGACGAUUCUCAAAAUUUACAUUUUCUUUUGAAACGCUAUUACGACCUCAUUCAGAAAACUAAAGAAGAUAUAUUGGAAAUUAUUAAAAAAGAGAGUACAUUGUAUCUGUCGUUAGAAAUGAAACAAAAACUUUCUGAAUUAUCUCAGAAGUUUGAAAAAACAUUAAUUGAUAUUACAGAUAUUAAAAAUACGUUAGAAAGUGCUGGAAAUUUGAAAGGAAUAAGAGCAGACAUUGAUAACUUACAUCUUGAGAUAAAUAAACUUUUAAAGAAAAAUGGGGAAUACGAUGAUUUAAUCAAACGACUAUCAACGUCAAUAGAAGAGCACAGUAAAGCAUUUGACGAUAAAGAUUCUGAACUACAAAAACUUUCAGUAAAAUUGGAAGAACUUCAAACUUUUAUAAAUAAUCAACUUUCUACUAUGAUAACGAAAAAUGAGGUUUACGACAAAUUACAUGAACUAGAACAAGGAUUCCACAACAAAGUAAAAGAAUUAGCGAUGAACGUAACAUUACUUUUGUUGCAACAUGAAGGGAGCGGAGGAGUUAAAGGAAAAGGUACUGCUAAUGCAGAACUUGAACAAGUAAUUAUAGAGAAACUUAAAGGCUUUAAUUUAGAUCAGCAGCAAGCGGCCAUUGAUUCGCUCAAAUUAAAAAUGGAAUUACUUUUUGAUCAACUAAAAUCUGAGACAUAUAAUAAUGCUACAUUAUUGGAAGAGAAAAUUUCAAAACAAAUAGAUGAUCUAGCUGCUCAGAAACAACCUAUUUUGGAUAGACUUGAUAAAGUUGAAAAAAACAUUGAUGAACUAAAUUCGCUGAUAGAUAAUUUGAAGUUGGAUCUAGAUAAACGUGAAAAAUCACAAGAUAAUAUUUUGAAAGAAUAUGAAAAUAAAAUAAUAAAAAUAUGGGAGAAUUUUGAUACCUACGAUAAGAUAAUUUCAGAUCUAAAAAAAGACUUGUCAGAUUUAAGAGAGAAAGAAGUAGAUUUUCAACCAGUUUACAAGAAGAUCGAUGAUUCAAUAGAAGAAGCAUUGAAACCACGUGACCGAAGAUUGGAUAAUUUUGAAGAUAUAACUUCAAAAUUGACAGACUCCAUCCAAAGAGAUACUUCAGAAGUAAUAAGUCUUCAACAGCAAAUCGACGAAAUAAAUAAAGGAUUGAAGAAAGUUGAUGAUCUCAAACUUGAUAUAACCGACGAAUUUGAAAAAGAAGUCAGACCUGUACAUUCCCAGCUGUUCAAUCUUACCGGGGCAUUGGAAGAACAUUCAAAAAAACAGACUGCCACUCACGAAGAUUUACAAGAUGCUAAGAACUCAAUACACUCAGAGCUGGAAUAUUUAAAACGACAAAUACAGGCAGCUGGAGAUCAACUCAAUGCCACUAUUGAAGAUAACAGUGAUUCGAUUUCGAAAUUAAUAGAGCAAGAUAACAUUUUAAAAGCAUCGAUUGAGAGUCUUGAACAAGAAGUUGGUAAUCAAGAUAAAUUUGUUAAGAAUUUAGAUACCUUUGUUAAAGACAAAACAGUAAAAUAUGAUUUAAUGAACGAAAAUUUGGAUCAAUUAAUAAACAAAUUAAAUGAAAAUGUAACAGAGCUGUACGGUGCUAUAAAGAAACACGAAGAAUCAAUUUUAGAGCUUAGCAAACAAUGCGAAAAAGCGGCACUACAAAGUAGUUCUAAAGUGAGUGGUACAAAAGGAGGUGUUAAAUCCAGCAGUGUCAAAACUACUUAUUAUCAACAAAACAGCGGAAAAACCGGAAAAGUUGUAGAAUAUUCAGUGGAUGAGGGUAGCGACGGGUCUUAUACACAAACUAAAACGACCCAAUUUGUUAGAGACAAUCACAAUGAAGAGAUUGCCACGUUACGCAGUCAACUUUCUGAUGUCCUUGUGGAAUUGACAACGCAGAAUAUGAGAAUUUCGCACUUGGAAAAAACAGUUUAUGAGUUGAGUCAUAAAUUAAAAGCGACAGAUGACGCUUUGACAUAUUCAACUAAAGCACUCGAUCAAAAAAUUGAUAUUACAGAAGAAUUAGUAUCAAGUUGUUGUCACAAAUCUAGUUAUACGGGAGUAAAAUCGAGUUACACAGGGGUCAAAUCUGGUUAUACAGGUGUUAAACACUAAAUUUGAUGGAAUAAUUACUUGUUAUCCUAAUAUAAUUGAUAUGCUUGAAAUUUUUGUAAAUAUAUUUUUAUAAUAAAAUAUUGUAUCUCAUUUCAUUUCCAAAA